AGAGCUGAAAAAUAGGUCACAGAGCUCGCAGAGUGAUAUCACUCAAACGUCAAUAUGGUGUACAUUUCUAAAUAAAAAAAUCCAAAGUCAAACUGAGAGAGAUUAUUUUACUACAAAGUCUGUUACUAUUAGUGUUUACUGCAAAUUGUAGAUGCAAAUUGUUCGGAGCUGAACAUGUCAAAACUUAAGUGAUGUGGCAGAUUUAUUUUUUUUCGGAUUAAAGGCACAAAAAUUGACUUAGUAAAUAAAUAAAUGUUUUUUUUGUAUUACUGUAUUAUGCUUAAUAUCCUAAGUGUGACACUAUGUUAAACGAACAUAAGUUGGCCGACGAACAAUAAAAAAGUUAUGUUUGAAACAAAGACCGAUCAUAUUUCGCUGCUUGUACCGGGUUCGAUUAGUUCCGAAUACGGCGGCAGCAGAAAAAGUCUGAAACGGCACUGGAAUCAACUGUCUCGUCUUCAACGUAAUUUCAUAUUCAUAGCAAUAGUAGUCGUAGUUAUCACAUUACUGUUACUGAUACCAAAUGAUAAACCGAAGGAGAAUUUCAAUGAAGAGACAAACCACAUCAAAAUCGAACCAUUCGAUGAGCCUAAGCCGGCGAAACCGAUUUUUCAAAAUGUUCUGCCCAAUCAGAUAGAUGAAUCGAUCAAAGAAUCACCGAACGAAAAUUUAAAUCAAAAUAGUCAAAUUGUCGAUAGCAUUUUGGAGGAACCGAAAGAGCAGUCAAACGAUGAGAAUAAUAUUAAGAAUGCCAUUGACACGAUCGAGCGGGAAACCGAAGGUGCAAAAGAUUUCAAGGGCUCGACGAAUAAUCGACAGAAGGCAGUCGUUGAUGCAUUCAAGCAUGCGUGGAAGGGAUACAAAGAAUUUGCAUGGGGUCAUGAUAACUUAAAGCCGAUGUCAAUGGGAUCGCACGAUUGGUUCGGUUUGGGAUUGACCAUUGUUGAUUCGUUGGACACACUGUAUAUUAUGGAUUUACAGGAAGAAUUUGAGGAAGCCAGAAAUUGGAUCGAAAUGUACUUGAAGUUCGAUAAAAAUGUGGAAGUAAAUUUGUUUGAAGUGACGAUUCGAGUACUCGGCGGCUUAUUAUCAACUUAUCACCUGAGUGGCGAUAAAAUGUUUUUAACCAAAGCGAUUGAUUUGGGUAAUCGUUUACUUCCUUGCUUUGACUCACCGUCGGGAAUACCAUUUUCGGAUAUCAAUUUAUCAACGAUGAAGGCACACUCACCGAAAUGGUCACCAGAUAGUUCAACUAGUGAAGUCACUACCAUUCAAUUGGAAUUUAGAGAUUUGUCUCGUUCGACCGGUGAUUCAAAUUAUGAAGAGAUUUCAGCUAGAAUCAACGAAAAAGUGCAUUCGUUACCAAAGAAAGAUGGAUUGGUGCCAAUAUUUAUUAAUGCCAACACAGGAACAUUUCGAAAUUUCGCCACAAUUUCACUGGGCGCUAGGGGAGACUCAUAUUAUGAAUACUUGCUGAAACAGUGGCUUCAAACUGGCAAAAAAGACGACGACUUCAUCAUUGGCGAUUACAAGACCGCCAUCGGCGGCGUACUGGAACAUUUGGUGAAGGAAACUCCAAAAGAACACCACGUCUACAUCGGUGAACUAAUCAACGGCAAAGAUUUCAAACCGAAAAUGGAUCAUUUGACGUGCUACUUGCCCGGUACAUUGCUGCUCGGCCAUAAAAAUGGAAUGCCACCCACCCACUUGAAACUCGCACAAGAUCUGCUUGAAACGUGCUAUCAGACGUACAUGAAACAACCGACCCAACUAGCACCGGAAAUAACUUAUUUCAAUUUGAACGGUGAAAGUGAAUCGGAUCUGUAUGUGAAAACGACCGAUGCUCAUAACUUGUUGCGGCCGGAAUUCGUCGAAAGUUUAUAUUAUUUUUAUGCGUUGACGGGUAACGCCACAUAUCAGGACAUGGGCUGGAAUAUAUUUCAGGCCUUCGAAAAAUACACGAAAGUCAAAAAUGGUUACACAUCCAUUGGUAAUGUGAAGAGUGUGCUGAAUGUAAAGCCGCGUGAUAUGAUGGAAUCGUUUUUCCUCGGCGAAACGUUGAAGUAUUUUUAUUUGUUAUUUAGUGAUGAUCGAAAGGAAAUUGACUUGGAGAAAUUCGUUUUCAAUUCGGAGGCGCAUCCAUUGCCAAUUAGAACCAAUUAAAUUUCUUUCUUUUUUUCGCCUUUCUUCUUUUGUAAAAAUCUAAAACAAAAAUUCCGAGCACUUAAGUUGGAUACAAAUGAAAAUUUUAAUUUAUUUAAAAAAAAGACAAAAAGAGAAAUGACAACCUGGAUGAACAGAUAAAAGUGUUUUGUUGAAACAACCAUGUAUAGUAUAUGCAAGCAUCGCAUUAUAAGCAAUAUCUCCUCUGUCACAAGUUAUAUAAAGUCCUUGCAUAAAGUGUUCAUUAUUUCAUUUUCGCAAGGCAUCUUUUACGAUCUUUGCCGCCAUCACUAAUGACAUUGUCUUAAUUGCAUAAAUUCGAACCCUUCCGGGAUUAUGUUAUACAGGACCUCUUUCUAGGAACUUAUUUCCAGAAAAUUCUUAAAAAAUUCCUUCAAAUUCCUGAAUUUUUUGAAUUCUUAAUUUUAGUAAAUUUAGCAAAUUUAAGGAAUUUUUAGAAAUUGAAUUCCUAAUAUCAGGCCCCGGAUAUGACAUGACAUAAUUCUUGUUACAAUGCGGCUGUGUUUGACUAGCCACAUUUCAAUUAGUUGUACUACCGGAAGCAGGGCUUAUUCUGAUUUUAUUUUAAUUUUUAGAAUUUUAAGGGAAUUUUAAGUCCUCAAGCUAGCAGAUAAAAGAAAAUGCGUAAAAUUGUUUUUUUUUACCAGGAUAUUUGGAAGCCGUUGUAUUCGACUCGGACUACCACUUGUCAUUGAAAAAAAAAGGAGCAGGUGCGCAGUCAACACAUUCCCCAAUAAAUUCCUGUGACAGCAAGAUUCUUGUGCAUCCUCCGUAUUUGAUAAAGCACAAUUACAAGAACGAAUGACAAAAAAGGCGAUGUAUAAACUGUUUGUAACACUACUUGCUGCUUGUACUACGAAGUGAUCCAUAAAAUGAUAUUUUUUCUACAAAAUUUAGAGACUUAGACAAUGCCAAAUAAUGAGAUUUUUCGAUGUUUUCGUUUUAUUUCGGCUAAGUGUUACCUAUUCCAGUAAUAAAAUUAUUUUUUUUUAUGAUCGGAGAGAUAUUGAUGUUGUUAUACAGUUUUUGGUAAAUAGAUAAAAAUUAGUUCGAUAGAUUAAUAGUCACACUAUGGCCACGUAUAUUGUGCACAUUGGUAGCCCCCCCUAUUGAUUGUUUGCGCUUACACACAGACCCGUAAGCCAUAAAAUCGUCCUUUGCACGUUUUUACUUACCUCAGUUUCUAUGUACUUGAUUGUUGGCCUGGGAGAGUCUAACUGGCUACAUAGUUCUAGAGAUAAAGGAUCGGAUGAAGGAGUUUGCAUAAAAAAUUCUUAAAAUGUGACAUUUUCAGUAGACAAGACAGGACACCAUAAUAAAUGACGACUGGUCAACAUGAAUUGACACGAAUGAUAUUUUGUCGAUUGUACGUUAUAUAGGAUUGAGUUCGGUUUCAUUUGGAAUUAAGCGUGAUUGACGAUGAUUUUCGUGUGCGUACGAGUAGAAUUGAAUAAAAUGGUAAAUUGGGUAAGUUGUUGAGAAUACCAAGGUUCCAUAUUUUCGAAGCUUAGAUACUUAUAAAAACUUAUAAAUAGAAGGCAAUUGCAGAAAAAAAAAUGCUCAACUACCUUAGACUACGCUAAGACUACUGACCUACUUUCCCUAUCGAUUUUUCCGGACAGUUUUUCUGUUAAAACCUUGCAAGGGUUCAAUCUUUAAAUUUGAUCGUAAUCUUCUUUCCCUUUCUCUUGACCCGAAAAACUAUGUACAAAGGUGAUACAUUAAUCGGUGGGUAACUAUAGCCGGUCCCUACCUCAAUUUUCAUUAUUUUAUUCGAUUCUAUUUGCACUUAUAAGACAACUUAAUUUUAUCGGAGGCAUCGCUUUCUUUAACAUAAUAUUUAUUGUGCGAAAAAUAUGGGGAAAUAUAUCAUUAAGUCUUUCACUUAUCUAAACCAAGCACACACGCAUGCACGCACCGUUAGAAAAAAAUAAAACUUUUUAUUAACAUCGUUUGGCUGAUGGCUAAAUUUUGGUUUGAUUUAUGGGGAAAAAAUAUUUUGGACAAAUAUACUUACCUUUAAAAUAAAUAAUUUGUGUUAGAAGUUACAAGUUAUAUAGAACGACCAACUGUUUCUUUUCUUUUUUAAUUUUAUAUAAUUGAUGACUGUUUUUUUAAAU